UUUCAAAUUCCCGCUUAAAUAACAAAUUAUGAAAUUAUAUUUGGUUAGUUGACGAUGUACGCGGAUCGUGAUCCGCGCCACACCUUCUCUAAGGAAUUACAACCAUUGAUAACACAUCAAAUCUACGGUCAAAAUUCACCCAUCCUGGACAAAAACUUUUCUACUUUCCUCUCUUUGACAUGAUAAAUACCUUCCCAGAGUCCUCGCUUCUCAACCCAAAGUAUUUCCUCUAAUUUUUCGCGAGAAAUAAAAAAAAAAUCCCUGUAAACCCAUUCCCCAAAUUCAGUCAUUUCAAUGGCACGCACGAAGCAAACAGCAAGGAAGUCCACAGGAGGCAAGGCGCCACGUAAGCAACUGGCCACAAAGGCAGCCCGGAAAUCUGCACCGGCAACCGGAGGAGUGAAGAAGCCCCAUCGAUUUAGGCCAGGAACCGUGGCACUGAGGGAAAUCAGAAAGUACCAGAAGAGCACAGAGCUGCUGAUAAGGAAAUUGCCGUUUCAAAGGCUGGUGAGAGAAAUAGCGCAAGAUUUCAAGACAGAUUUGAGGUUCCAAAGCAGCGCAGUGGCUGCUCUUCAAGAAGCAGCAGAGGCGUACCUUGUGGGAUUGUUUGAGGAUACCAAUCUGUGUGCUAUUCAUGCUAAGAGAGUCACCAUUAUGCCAAAGGAUAUUCAGCUUGCUAGGAGGAUUAGAGGAGAGAGGGCCUAGUAUAUACUUCAGGGUUCUUUUGCUGGUGGUAUCUUUGUAGCUCCGGUCCAUGUUUCUCUCCUUCCAACUUUUAUCUACUCUGUCUCUCUCCAGUUUUUUUAGGUUUAUCUGCUCAGGGGUUUUUGUUUUUAUUGUAAUGUAAGUUAUUUAGAAAUCUAGUGGUUAUUUGAAUUUA